UUCCUAUUCUUCUGUGUGGCCUCCUGCCUUGCUGUGGGUAGCAGCCUUGGUUUUUGUUAUUUUUAGAUUAAAGCAUUGAUUUUUUUUUUAAUGGCUAUGUCUGAGGUUAGGGGUAACCUCCAUUUUAGCACCUGUUCAUAUCUAAAUUGUAGUGUCUUUCUAUUUUGUAUUUGCUUUGUUUAACCCGAGUCUAAUCUGCUCAUUGUGCAUACACUGUCUUUUUAAAUUUUUUUAAGAAUUAUUAUAAACAUUGUUUAGAAUAUCUGAACCAACAUCAAAGUAUCCAAGGAGACCAGGCAUGAUGCCUUUGCAUUUUCCAAAAAAAUGGAAUCCCAGAACUAGAUGCCAAUGUCAAUAAGAUCUUCCUAAACCAGAAACUUCAUAAAUCACUUGAACACUGUUUAAGCAAAGAUGUUUUGGAGAACUAAAAAAUGAUUCAAUGGAAACAUUGAUUUGUUUUUAAGCACGUCAAAUUACUGAAAAUCUAAUGUAUUUUAAGAAGAUAUUUCUAAAGUAUUAUUUAUUGCACCAAGGUACCCAUGGAGACCAAAUACGUUUUUUCAGAGCAUUUUUUAAAAAGGGGGACAAAUGUCAUGUAGUUACCCAGCAUUGGACACAAAACGGCAACUGAUUCUCUUUAACGGCUGCGAUAGACUGGCCCAUCUGUCUCGGCUCACUGGACCAUCGUGAAAUGAUUAUAUUGAAAGAGAGCCUGUUUCAGGGCUUUACCCUGAUGAUGAUUGCCUUAGGGUUAGGUAUUGGGUUUUUGCUGAGGCUUAUGGUUUCUGUAACUCAAGAUCAAAUGGACUGGAUCAAAUUCCCGGGAGAUUUGUUUUUUAACCUGCUUCAGUUGUUUGCUGUCCCUCUCAUUGUGACAAGUGUGAUGGCAGAAGUAAGUGGAUUAAACAGCAGAUUGCCUGGGAGAUCAGCCGUCUUCCUAACAACGUACAUCUGUGGCUCUACCGUUCUGGCCGUAAUUCUCGGAAUGAGUCUAGUGCUCCUGGUCAAGCCUGGUAUGGAUCACACAACCGGCAAAACAACCGUUAACAUAAAUAUGCCAUCCUCCUCUAUGCAUGUGAUUUUCAUGGAUCUUAUUAGACUCUCCUUUGACUCGCAUAGGAACGUGGUUCCAGAGAGCUUCGUUCAGGCUUUCUACGAGCAUUACAAGACAGAGAUUGUUCAGGUUAAAACAGAUAUUCCUAGACACUACCUUGAUCCAGCGCAGAAUGGCACUGAGACACGACUGAUGGGCAAUUAUGUCCCUGGAGCCAACAUGGUAGGACUGAUCGCCUCGUCUUUCACCAUCGGCAUCAUGUUAAACAAGGCGGGAAUCAAGGCCAAAGCCACUGUGAAGUUCAUUAAAUGCCUCAGCAUUGCACUAAAAAUAAUUUUCAACUGGAUCCUGUGGUACUUGCCAAUCGGCCUUUUGUUCCUGGUUGUGGAAUACGUGUUGGACGUUAACGACUGGACCGUUAUCAUUAAACUUAUCAGACUUACAGGGGUCAUUUUUCUGGGGCUCGCAAUCCACUCCUUUCUUGUUCUUCCAUUGAUUUUCUUCGUGUUCACCAAACAGAACCCCUUUCUCAUCUUCUUCCAGAUUUCCAAGGCUUUGUUCACCUCAGCGAUCUUGGCGUCCAGCGCCGCCACUCUGCCUGUCACCAUUGAAUGCUGUGAAGCGAACGUGAAGGUCAAUACGAAACUCUGCCGGCUCAUGUUGCCAAUGGUCAGCAGCAUCAACAUGAACGGGAUGGCGCUGUAUGAAGUGGUCGCUGUCCUCUUUAUUGCCCAGAUAAGUGACAUCCUUUUGGAUGUCACCCAGAUCAUCACCAUUUGCUUGACUUGUUGCAUUUCAAGCUUUGGAGCUGUAGGUGUUCCAGCAACCGGAUCUGCAACCACUAUCCUGAUUUUGACAGCUGUGGGACUACCUGCACAUAAUGCCUCCCUUCUGCUGGUCUUUGAGUGGUUUCUAGACCAUUUCACUACCAUAGUCAAUGUGCUAGGAGACUGUUAUGGUGUGGCUCUCAUCAAUCAUCUGUGCCAGGAUGAGAUCGUGAUCCUGGACAAAUCAUCAAGGGAAGGAAUGCGUUCCACCAGGGAGCUCGAGCUGGACUUAUUCUGUUUGGAGCCCGAAGAAGAGUUCAUCCCUUCCUCUUCCUCAGGAUCCAUUUUAUCUAUGUGAGGGGAUCAUCUCAGCACCAUAUUAGCCCCAACGUAUUAAGCCUCAGGACAGGAAUGUCAGCAUCCUGGGGUGUCUGAGCUGAUCAUUUCUUUGUUUGAAUAUAAUUGUUGCUAGCAGGACGGUGCCAUAGCAGUUUAUUCAUCUAUAUUUAGUUUCUGUUUUAUUUCAGUUUUUGCAACUUUUACAUUAUUUAUUUAUAUUCACUAAUUCAUUAACACUAUUCUAGAGUUUAUUGUUGUGUGCAAUGGCGUGUUUACUAUGUGGACGUUACUGUUUUUAUAAAAUGAAUUUUGACAAUAGAAAUAUUUCUCCAGUGUUUCCUCACUUAUCAACUGAGCUGCCACAGUUCUUCAUCUUCUAUAAUGGAUUUUCUCCCACUUACAAAUCCUCACGGUUUUAUUACCUGUAAUUACUUGCGUUAGCUGUUUUUCUUUUUUAUUAUUUGGUUCAUUUCAUUAAGUGUCUCUAGUGGUUAAACGCCUUUCUUUCUGUUUUUAAGCUCUCUAACUUUGUGUCAGACUUGACUGAAUGACAAAUGCUCUAUAUACAAAAUUUGGCUGAUUGAUUGAUACAAUAAUACUUUGUAAAUAAAUACUUUUCUUCAUGUUGCAUAAACAGAUUUACUGCUUUCAAAUUCAAAAUAACUGAAUUAAAUCUAAAUGUCAUUUUUUUAUGAGUGAACACAUGAACAUUGCAUAAAAUCUUUUCUUGA